AUGAGAGUAACCAAUCUUGUAUCAUCCUUAGCUAUCGCAUCAAGCGCACUAUCCAUUUUCAAUGGUCUAUUUUCGAAUGAAGGUGGCCAAAUUGUUCUUUCAAACGAGGAAGAUGCAAGGGUUGACAAGAACAAAGCCAGUGCAGGGGACAUUAAGUUGGAGGAAUUGUUUGAGAAUAUAGGCUUUGAAACGCCGGCAUUGUUAACCAGAGCUUGGGCUGAGAUGCAAGCAGAGCUUUCACCAGAAAAGAUUGCUUCGAUGAUGAAGGAUUUUAAUAAAAGAAAGCACUCAAAACAGCCAAUUCGGAAAGUGGGACAAGAGACACAAGAGGAAAAAGCAAUAGCAAAGGAGAAGGAAGAAUCAAUGAAACCUGAAAAACACUUUUCCCAGCAAAGCCAAAAUGAUUUUGAGGUUUUGUCAAACAAAAAGUUCGAGGACUACUCUAUGAGAGUCAAGUCGAAUAACCCAGAGGUUUUGGGACUUGAUAGUGUGAAGCAAUAUACAGGCUACAUUGACGUACAGAGUAUUGACCACCAUUAUUUCUUUUGGUUUUUUGAAAGUAGAAACGAUCCCGAGAAUGACCCUGUAGUUUUGUGGCUCAAUGGUGGUCCAGGAUGCAGUAGUGCGACUGGAUUGUUUUUCGAGUUGGGUCCUGCAUCCAUCAACUCUACCUUGGAGCCAGUGCACAAUCCAUAUUCAUGGAAUUCGAAUGCUUCUGUCAUAUUCUUGGACCAACCAGUUGGUGUUGGCUACUCGUAUGCUGGGGGCGAAGACGAGGUCAAAAACACUGAUACUGCUGCCAAGAAUGUUUUUGUUUUCCUUGAAUUGUUUUUCCAAAAGUUUCCUCAAUUUAGCAAAAACAAGUUCCACAUUGCUGGUGAAUCGUAUGCUGGUCAUUAUAUCCCGAAGUUUGCUAGUGAAAUAUUGAGCAAUGCUGAUAGGUCAUUCGAAUUAAGUUCAGUGUUGAUCGGGAAUGGUAUCACAGAUGCAUUAAUUCAAGCAGGCUCGUACAAGCCAAUGGCAUGUGGUGAAGGUGGCUACAAACCUGUUUUGGAAGAAAGUCAAUGUGAGCAGAUGGAACGCGAUUAUCCCAAGUGUGCAAGUUUGGCCAAGUUGUGCUAUGAAUUCCAAACUGCAUUCACCUGUGUUCCUGCAGAAUUCUAUUGUGAGAAUAAGCUAUUCCAACCUUAUGCAGAAACGGGAUUAAAUCCCUAUGACAUUAGAAAAUCUUGUGCCGAAGAGGGCGGAAACUGUUAUGUUGAGAUGAACUAUAUUGAUGAUUACUUGAAUCUUGAGUAUGUCAAACGGGCCGUAGGUGCUUCCAAUAUCGAUAUCUUUACUUCAUGCGAUGACACAGUGUUUAGAAAUUUCCUUUUCGAUGGAGAUGAGUACAAACCUUUUCAACAAUAUGUUGCUGAACUUUUGGAGAAGAAUAUUCCAGUGUUGAUCUAUGCGGGUGAUAAGGACUACAUUUGUAAUUGGUUGGGUAACUACAUGUGGGUUAACAAGUUGGACUACGAGGACGGAGAAAUAUUUGCAAGUUUGCCAUUGCAACCAUGGAUUCCUCAGAAAGUGAGAAAGAGUGAUGCAGAAGCAGAAGCAGAAGCAGAAGCAGACCAAAAGGGCUCUAUAUAUAGUAGUACUGAAUCUUCAGUUCCUGCUGGCCAAGUGAAGAAUUACAAACACUUUACGUACUUGAGAAUCUAUGAUGCCGGCCAUAUGGUUCCGUAUGAUCAACCAAAGAAUUCGUUGGCAAUGUUGAAUGCAUGGAUACAAGGUGAUUACGCUUUGGGAUACUCUGCCAAUUGA